AUGAAGCCUAUGAAACCUACAAAGUCCAAGGUAUCAAAACCUUCGCUGGGGGACGAAUCACCAUCCCCGGCACACAAUGCUAAGGGCGCCACAUCAAGCCCACAGACACACGCGUUUAUGGAAAAAGGAAAGGAUAAGGAACGGCAAAAGGUCAAGAUUCAAAAGUCAAAGAAUUUGCGAAACUCUGGAACUAAGCCUAAAACCCAAGACGAUUCAUCCGGAAAUGAACAGAAACAGCCAUAUGAUUUUUUGAAAAGAAAGAAGGUUGUUCAAGGCCAGGUACUUAAACCAUUGCCCGGCAAGAACAACAGCCACAGAAGCCCACUGUCACGUAGUGUGUCGCCUGUAACAGGAGUCAAAGAUUUAUUGCAUCAUAAGAAUAAGCAAGCGCAGAAACCUGCGACGCUGAGCAAAAGGCCCGAAGCGCAGUCCACACCAGAGGAAGAGGAGAGAUGGGCUGUAGACAACCCAAUCAAGGAAGCUGAUGCGAUAUAUGAGGAAGACAGAGUGCCGCGGGAGAAGAAGUUCAUGAUAAACAAAAAACGAAAGCGGGAUCAUGCAAAGGAUGUAGAUGGAACUCGUCAAACCAGCCAGACCCAGGCUGAAGAGGACGGUCCUGAAGCAAAGGAGACAAAAGAUUCCCUAGACAGAGUUUCAACAAACGCAAAGAAGAAUGCUCUGGGCAAGAAGGUAGGGUCCCGCGAGGACGUCGUUGACGAUACCCCUAUUAAAAAGAAGGCCUCUGAAGAAGACCUCGAUACGAACAUGACAGACGCAAUGGACCCUGCAACCAAGAUGAACGAGGAAGCUAGAGUUUAUGAUCAACUUGGUAUUGAGUCCUCCGAUAUGUCCGAUGAUCCAGCGAAACCCUCUCAAAAGAAAGCCAAAACGAUGCAAAGAGACGAUGCGGAAGGAGAAGAACUAGCUUACCCCGAUGAAAGCGAUGAGAUCAAUGAGGACGGUCUCGAAGACAAAGCCGAGCCUGAUGAUGAAGGCGAAGCUUUUAAUGAUGACAUGCCCGACGAAGUACCCAGCGACCCAACGAACCCGCCAAAGGGGAAGAUUUCCAAAGUCCCAAAAGAGCUUCCUGGAGGAGACGAGCACGGGUCUGCCGCAGAAGAUGACGAAGCGAUCGUAAAUAUUGGUCUGGAUGAGCCAGAAUCCGGCGAUGCAGACGAAGAGCAGAAUACCGACCACAAGAAACCCCUUAAAAUCUUCAAGAAGGAGCUUGCCGAGACUCUGAGUCUACACGUCGAAAGCGAUAGCGAAGAACAACAAGAGCAUGAAGCAGAAGAGCCGGAAUCCAUAGCCCUCAGGCGCGACAAGUUGCUGAAAGGCGAGGCCAUUUCCACCAAGGACAUCAAGAUCGAGAUCCGCGCCAUCGACGCCCUCAUGAUGGAGUGCCGCCGCAGACAUAGCGUUUUCGUGCUUGACGACAAGACCAAGGAAGCGAUUGGCGCGGCGGCAGCAGACAUGGAACGCGACAAACUUACAGAAGGCGUUAUCACAGGCAUCAAAGUCGGUGCCGUGGUGGUUUUCGGUGUUGUGGCGAUCGCAGCUUUGGUGCUCGCGUUCUUACAGACUGGCGAUCUUACAAUUCUCACGGAGGCCACCCAAGCCUCGGUGGAAGGGGGAUUGGAGGUGGCGCAGGAGGUGGCGGAGGCGGUGAGCGAGCAUCGAGAGAAUAGGAGCGAACAUCAUGAGAAGAAAGUGAGCGAUCCAAAGUUGAUCAAGGAGGGUAAGGAGGCGAUGAAGAAGCUUUCCGGCAAGAAAGGGGGGACGGAGGAUGCAGCCGUUGGGAUGGAGGGGAAGAAGGUGGAGGCAGCCGAUGGAAAUGUUGCCCAAAAGAAAGGCGCGAAGAUGUCGGCUGCGGAGAAAUAUAAGGGCUGGGGUAAAUCGGUCUUGAAUCGCCAGCCGGGCUCGAUGCAUCUGGAUCAUGAAGAGGCAAAGGAGGGACCGGAGGCAGAGGCGCAAGAGGAGCGGAAUCUGCGGGUCAUUGAGAAAUUCAAGAUUCUCGCUGCUUUGAAUAUUAAGGAGAUGAACGAUCGGAAGGCGAUGUCUGGUAAGACGCGGGAAUGA